UCCCUCCUUCCCUCCCUCCCUAUCUCUCUCUCUCUCCGGGCGUCGUCGGGGCCAGUGGGUGGGCCAUGUCCACGGGCUCCUUGAGCGACGCCGAGGAGCUGCCGGAGAUGGAGCUGCGAGGGCUGCAGCUGGGCUUCCCGGGGCUCCCCCGCUCCAAGCGGCGCCCCCGCGGCCAUUCCUCCGCUGCCGAGGAAGAGGAAGAGGAGGAGGAGGAGGAGGAAGAAGAAGACGAGGAUGAAGAGGAGGAAGUGGUGUCGGCCAGCAAAAAGAAGCGAGCCAAGGGAGCGGGGCUGGGAGGAGGAGGAGGAGGCGGCGGCAAAAGGCAGCUUCCUCCCUCGUCGUCGAGGGGCAGCAGCAGCGUGGGCAGCGCGUCGGCGGAGUGCAAGCAGUCCCAGCGCAACGCGGCCAACGCGCGGGAGCGGGCGCGGAUGCGGGUGCUGAGCAAGGCCUUCUCGCGCCUCAAGACCAGCCUGCCCUGGGUGCCGCCGGACACCAAGCUCUCCAAGCUCGACACCCUGCGCCUGGCCUCCAGCUACAUCGCCCACCUCCGCCAGCUGCUCCAGGAGGACCGCUACGACAAGGCCGGCUUCGUCCACCCCGUCAGCCUGACCUGGCCAUUUAUGGUUUCUGGAAGACCAGAAUCUGAUGCCAAAGAGGUUUCAGCAGCCAACAGAUUAUGUGGAACUACAGCUUAGUUCUAGUGAGGAGUGCUCUUGCUGAAUAUGACUGCAAAAACCCACUGACUUCUGUGGACGGAAACUGAAACAAAGGAACCAACUCUUCUUGUUCACUUGCAAUGAAAAAAUACACCCGAAACACAUACUAACAGAGGAGGAAAUAAGAGUUCACUGAACAUCCUGGUGGGUUUGGAAUGAUCUUUUUCAGUGUUAUGAUCUGAAGAAAACCUUUGAGGCAUUUUGACUAACAGAAGAUAUAGAGGAGGUUAACUUUGAUAGAAUUAACAGCAUGGACCAAAUUAUAGAUUGUAUGAGAUAAUCCCAAACAGUGUUAUUUGUAUACCAGAGGAAAGUGGUAUUCUAGAUUAGUGUUCAGACUCAAAUUUUAUAAUAUAUUUGACCUUAUGUUCUUGGCAGCUAUGCAAUAGUAAGACUACUUCUGUCAUUUUAGCCAACUUUUAAAAACUGAAGAUGACAAGGUGCUUCUUUAAGAUUGAAAUUAAAUUAAAUUAUUUGUAUUUACCGAUGGUGGUACUAAAUUUGCUUAGAAGAAAAAAAUGCCAGAAGUCCUUGAGAGGGUUAUGGAUUAAUGAUAGAAAGAUCACUUUGUGGGCUAAUAUUUUUGCAUCAUAUUUUUGUAUCGAAGAUAAUGCUACAGAAAACUAUCAUUUAAAGAAUUGCAUUCUGUGAAAAUGUAAUGAUGUCUUAACUUGAAGUAAGAAGAUUGUUUACUUAAGACUAGGAUUUGUAUGUUUGAUAAAAAAUGGCUUUUAACAUGGCCUGAGACUAAAUGCAUCUCAAAUAUAUUUCUCCCACACCUUUUGGCUCUAUGAAGUAGUCACUGUUAUAGUGUUCCGAUUGUGAAUGAUGUUACAAUCAAUAUUUCAAAUGUAAAUAAUUUUUAUUUUUAUACACAGCAUUAAAAGUUUUGCUUACAA